CAAAGCCCUACAAAAAUUCCUCUUCUCUCUCUCUCUCCACGAAGACGACAUCACGCUCGCGCCACUGCUCGUCGUCCGCGAUUUUGAAAGCCAUGUUUUUCCACAUGGUUUUGGAGCGAAACAUGCAGCUCCACCCCCGCCACUUCGGCCGCGACCUCCGAGAAAAGCUCGUCGCCAAGCUCAUGAAAGACGUCGAAGGGACUUGCAGCGGUCGACACGGGUUCGUGGUGGGGAUUACUGGUAUCGAGAGCGUCGGAAAAGGGCUAAUUCGGGACGGCACUGGGUUCGUUACCUUCCCUGUGAAGUACCAGUGCGUUGUUUUCCGACCAUUCAAAGGAGAGAUCUUAGAAGCUGUUGUUACCAUGGUUAAUAAAAUGGGAUUUUUCGCUGAAGCAGGGCCAGUUCAAAUUUUCGUGUCGAAUCAUUUGAUACCUGAUGAUAUGGAGUUCCAAUCUGGAGAUAUGCCUAAUUACACAACUUCAGAUAGAUCAGUCAAGAUUGAAAAGGAAAGUGAAGUACGGCUAAAGAUUAUUGGAACUCGGGUGGAUGCUACAGAGAUAUUCUGCAUUGGUACAAUAAAGGACGACUUCUUGGGUGUUCUUGGGGGUGAUCAGUGAUCUGAGCGCUGCUGCUUAAUAAUAGCUCAAUUUGCUUCUAAAGAACUGAGACUGUUUCCAAGUGUGAACUAUUUUGUGUUUACUUAAAAAUCCUACUUCCCAAGAAAACAUGUGUGCUCAAUUUUCAUGUGCGAGUACAACGCUCAAGGAUUGUUCUGCAAUUACUGGGCAGAUUACAUGGUAAUGGGAGGAGAAAGAAUUCAGAUAGUGCUA